AUGUAUUGUAAUUGUGGUUCAAUUGAUCGUGCUCGAGAAUUAUUUAAUCAAUUACUUCCAAUAGUUGAUCAUGUUGCUUAUUCAAUAUUAAUGAAAACAUAUUUAUCAAUAAAUCAACCUCUGAAAGUUCUUGACUUAUUUGAACAAUUACAAUUAUCAUCUAUUUCACCUGAUUCAUUUAUUUAUUUAAAUAUAAUUAAUGCAUGUAAUCAGUUAGGACUUAUUCACCAAGCAGAAAAGAUUCAUCGUUCAAUUCCAUCCUAUAUUAUUGAACGAAAUCAUGCAUUACUCAUUGGUUUAAUUGAUAUGCAUGCACAUUGUUUACAUUUAAAUGAAUCUUAUCGAUUAUUUAACUUACUCAAACAAAAAGAUAAUAUAUCGUUAGGAAAUUUAUUACAUGGCUAUGCAAUUAAUGGACAAGGACAGGAAGCAUUAAAAUUAUUUGAAAAAUUUAAAUCCGAAUUAAUAUUUAAUGAACAAGUUUAUAAAAUGAUUUUAUAUGCUUGCGCAUUCACAGGUGAUCUCGUCAAUGAAGCACAAGAAAUAUAUAGAACAAUACCAGAUAAAUAUAAAACACCACAAGUUGCUGCUGCAAUGGUUUCAACACUUGCUCGUGCUUCAUUUUUUGAUGAAGUCGAAUUAUUUAUUCAUCAAUAUAAGCCAAGAUCACAAAAUAUUUCUCUUCUUUGGUCAGCUUUUUUUAUGGUAUGUUAUCAAUCAAAAAAUGUUCAAUACGCAAAAUUAAUCUAUGAUCAUAUUACUGAUGAUCCUUUUUUAUUAUUACUUUUUUCGGAUAUGACAAAUUCAUUAUCAUCGAAUGAAAUUAUUAAUUAUUUUCGACAACAAAAACCAGGAAUAUGUUGGACAGAAAUUGAAAAUAAUGAUAAAACUAAUUAUAUUAUAUAUGAAUUUUGUGAUAAUGAUCUUUCGAAUUUUUCUUCAUUACAUUCUGAAUUUAAUGUUGUGAUUAAUGAUUUGAAAUCAGCUGGUAUUUACUGGAAAACAUAUGAAAAUGAUCUUAAAGAAUUUGUUUGUGGACAUACAUCAAUUCGUUUAGCUAUAGUAAAAAAUUUAAUAUCAACUUUACCAAGAACAACUAUUCAAUUAACAACAACGAAAUCAAUAUGUUAUGUGUGUCAUGAAGGAAUAAAAGAAUUGAGUUUAUUAAAACAACGUGAUAUUGUUUUGAGAGAUAAUAUACGUGUGCAUCAUUUUCAUAAUGGACACUGUUCAUGUCAUGAUCAAUUCUAG